AUGCCGCGAAUCGUGGACUAUUCUCCUCCAUGGUUAUCAAGACCCUCUCCGGGAGUUGACCUAUUCUGCCCCUCGUCAACGGACAAGCCGUCCUCGUCGAUUCGCAAUGCGCAGAAAGCUAUUGUUGACGCUGCACAGGAACCAAGACCAGUUCGAACACUCGCUCGCAGAGGCACGGAAAUAUUUACCGUCGUUGAUAAUCAGAUCAGAUGGGCAGAUCUUGCAAGACUAAAGGAUGAAUGGAGGAAAGGCGUGAAGCAGAAGAGGGAAGAAUCCAACCGUGGCAGACAAAACGAAGAUACCAGCAACGUGGAGAAUGGACAGAAUGAUAACUUGGAGCGAAAUACGGCGAGGGAGGAAUCAGAUGGACGAGAAGAUGCGGCAGAUACGAAAGCUUCAUAUUACAGGAUCCUGACUACUCCAGUAUAUGGAAAAAUCGAGCAACUGACCAUAUCCCCCAACGGAGCGUUCCUUGCCAUUACAACAACCCACACUGUCCAUAUCGCCAUGCUCCCGGAUUCAUCGCAUCUGUCUGGCCCUGAUUACUCCCCCAUUCGUGUCAAGACAUUCCAGCUAGGGCCUACUACCCACGUCAUCCCAGAAUCGCCAGUUGUGGCUGUCCUGUGGCAUCCUCUGGGAAUAUGCGACAACUCAGGGGGAUGUCUUGUUACUGUUACCUCCGAUUCGGCUGUACGAGUAUGGGAGAUCGAUCGCAAGAACCAAUGGUCCUUUGAUAGGCCAACUCUCGCAAUUGAUUUGAAGAAACUAGUUGAUGGAACUUCAAUGGAUGAAGACUUUGCACCCCUCAGCUUCGGACAAAAUAAGGGAUUCUCAGCCGACUCAUUUGAGAUGGAAGUUGCUGCUGCCAGAUUUGGCGGUCAUGGAUACGAAGAAGAAGAUGCUUGGGCUGCCAUGACGCUGUGGGUUGCUAUGCGGACAGGCGAUGUAUACGCCCUUUGCCCUCUUUUGCCCUCAAAGUGGCAAGCAUCGCCGGUUACCAUUCCAUCCUUGACUUCAUCCAUCGUCCGAGAGCUCGCGGUUGCCCAAGAGGAAUCGCUUGAAACGGAUGACGAGCUUAAAGCAAUUCAGCAACAAUAUGAAUGGCUCAAGGAAAUUGACAACCAGGACGCUUAUCCAGUGGCAGAGGAAUCGAUCUUUACCGAAAUUCGAGUACGCCCGUCUAAUCCAAGCCCUAUCCCACGGCUCCAGGGACCUUUCUUGUUUGAAUGUGACGAUCUUGAGGAUGACCUUGACAUCACCGAUGUCUUCGUCAUUGCGGCUAGGGCUGACAUUGAUGACCUGAUGGCUGGAGAAGACGAGCCUGAACUACUUAACGACAACGCUCAAAGCGGGUUAUCAGGUACAAUCAUCUGCCUUGUAACCUCAACUGGAACUCUACACGUGUCCCUUGAAAUGGAUGGAGUCAAGGGGCAGUGGCUUCCAAGGACCUGCAAAAACACCUUUAGCACACCGAUGUCUGAACCGUCUGAGCUACUAUUAUUGGAAUCAUUGGAAACUGUUCGUGUCAAGGACCGACAACCCAAUAUGUGGCCAAUGUUCUCAGAAGAUAUUGGCUCUCGAUAUAACUUCUACGUGACCGCUGCCAGAAGUGUAGUCUUCUUCUCGCUAUCAUCGUGGGUUCAUCGUGUAGAACCCGAGCUACGCUCCGAGGAAACAACAGGAUCGGCGUUCCGUAUCAAUAUCAUAUGUGAUGGUGCAAUUGCUGAACGUGAACAAAUGCUUCAACUCCCACCGUCAGAGCUAGCUCCAAAUAGCAAAGGGGAACAUCUAGCUAGCUGUUUAGCUAUAUUUGAUUACGACCUGGGCUACCUAUUACUCUCUUUCACGCCGUCUCAGCCUUGCGCCGUUCUCCUUGAUUCCCCCGAAUACGAAGAAUUUGCGGCAUCCAGGGACUUAGCAUCUUCAGACUCAGAGGCGGUAGAUAGCCGCACCACCCUACCAGCACAUACACGCCCGCCAUACCAGGUCCCUUCCAUCCUCUAUUCUCCUUCCCCUCUCGUCUCCUUCGUCGCAGAGCACGUCCCACACGGCCAUAGGCAUACAUUGAAAGAUCCCGUCCGCCUAUCGCCAUCAACCCUAGAGCUCUUUACAUCCGCCCACAGGAUCCUAAGCACAUACACACAUUCAUUGGAAGUUGCAGCCUCUGAUCUUUUCCGCCGCUGUGAACGACUACAAGGCGAAAUGCGCGGCCAGUUGACACAGUUGGCUGAAAUUGGGGAGAGGAUAAAUGACGUCUCAAAUGGCACGGUUAGGGGAACUGUGAGGAGACCACCUAUGGAUCGUGAACAGGCCUUGGAUUCGAGGAUGUCUGCUGCCCAGUCAAGACAAAAGGAGCUUGUUGAGCGAUACAACAAUAUCAGACUGAAGAUCAUAAAGGCUGGAGGCAGACCGAUAAGUGAAAAAGAGAAAGGAUGGAUGAGAGAGGUUAAUACCUUAUCAAAAUCCGUUGGCGAAGAUGAUAAGUCAAAUGGCGAAUUAACGCAGAGACUUGAAACGGCGACGUCUUUGGCUAAAGAAUUACUAUCUGAGAUGAAAAAUAUCCCAGAAAUAGCUGACUCUACACCUUCAACGCCUACACACCCAACGCAACCCAAGGUACCUCAACGGCUACAAAAGGCAAAGGUCGCAGAUGCUAUGAAUAUGGUUGACAGAGAGUCUGCCGUCAUUGACGCAAUCACGUCCAGACUUGAACGGCUAUCAACCAGCUUCCCUGACCUUUAG